AUGGCGGACGACGCGCAGCAUGAACACACCUUUGAGUCUGCCGAUGCCGGCGCCUCGGCCACCUACCCUAUGCAAUGUUCCGCCUUGAGAAAGAACGGUUUCGUUGUCAUCAAGGGUCGCCCAUGCAAGAUCGUCGACAUGUCCACCUCCAAGACUGGAAAGCACGGUCACGCAAAGGUUCACUUGGUCGCCCUCGAUAUCUUCACCGGCAAGAAGUUGGAAGAUCUCUCUCCUUCCACCCACAACAUGGAGGUCCCCAAUGUCGUCCGUCGCGAAUACCAGUUGCUCGAUAUCACCGAUGAUGGUUUCUUGUCCCUUAUGUCUGAUGAUGGAACUACCAAGGAUGAUGUCAAGAUGCCAGAUGGUGAAGUCGGUGAGAAGAUUGAGAAGCUCUUCCGUACUGAGGAGAAGGACACCAACGUCAUUGUCUUGACGGCCAUGGGCGAGGAAUGCGCCAUGGAUGCCAAGGAGGCUCCCAAAUAA